GUGUGAGUUUGAAUUCGAUUCCAAUAAAAAACGUACCGCCGAAUCACCGAAUCGUUCAACAACAACAAAAAGUAGAAGGACAAAAUUUUAAUCUCGAUAUAAUCCCCGAGGUAUUGCCGUAUUUGAGGAAAAAGCUAGAUAGAAUAAUAUUUCGAUUGCUCAUCAGAAUAAAAUCAAUAGUGAUGAAUCAACCAAAUGAAUACGCUGCAACGAAUGCUACCCAGAUUCGUAAUAUAUUGGAAUUGAUCGGUCAAUUUUCGGAGGAGUUCAGGAACAUGAAUGGUCGAAUUAUCGAUAUAGGCUGCGGUCCUGGAAAUACCACAAGAGAUGUACUUGUCCCAUGUGUCGGCAGGGAGGCUGUUAUUGUUGGUGCUGAUAUAUCCCCAGAAAUGAUUGAGUAUGCAAAUCAGCAUUAUGCAGUUAGUGAUAAACUAUCAUUCCUUGAGUUAGAUAUGCAAACGUCUGAGCUACCAAAAGACUUGAUCGAACAAUUUGAUCAUGCAGUUUCGUUCUAUGCUCUCCACUGGUGUAAGAAUACACAGAAAGCAUUACAGAACAUCUAUAAACUUCUUCGACCAGGGGGUAAAGCCAUUAUUGUAACCAUUUCCCAUCACAUGAUAUACGAUAUGUAUCCGGAACAGGAAAAAGAUCCAAGAUUUGCACCAUACAUGCAGGGUUCAGAGAAGUGGACACCUCCUCACCAGGGUUGUGCAGAUGCUGACGAGAUGAUGAAGAAAGAUCUAAUUGCAGCCAAAUUCAAAGUAGAGUACUGUGUUAACAAAUGGAAUACAUACACCUAUCCAAGUUUGGACACUCUAGUUGAUUUGGUGAUGGCUGUUAAUCCAUGUGUAAAUAAAAUGCCAAAUGAUGUCCAGAAAGAAUGCAGGGAAGAUAUGAAGGAACGUCUCAAGACCAAGUGUGUUUUCACCAAAGGAAGUUCCAGUGUAGGUUGUCGCUUUUCGGUACUCACAAUUGUAAUCCAAAAACCCGAGAAUUCAGAGGAAAUUAAUUAACAGACUUGUCUAAUUGUUGUCUAGAAAAGCAAGCUAAAUUUCGUGCAAAUUGAAUUUAUUGAAUGUUGAAUUAUUAAUCCAUAAAAUAAAAUAUAUGAAUGUUUUCUUGUUAAAGCAUGUGCUAGUCGCAUGCCAUUUGUAAUUGUAUUGUAAGAAUAAAGAAUGUAUACUUAUGAAAACAAAAAAUAUAUAAAUGAAAUUUUAUUUCUUUAUUGAUCCAAUAUAUCUUUAAUAAAUAAAAAUAAAAUAGGAUUUCCUGCAACUGUUGUGAAUGAAAUUAAGAAGUGGCCGAGUUUAAUUCAAUUCAAUUUAAGACUCAUACAAAAUAUUUGAAACACAUUACGGCUACAAAUACAAAUCAGCUCACAGUUUCAAUUUUCCAUUUCAUAAAUUAAAAAUGUUCCUAAAAAUCAUUGAAAAACAUGGGGAAAAACGGAACACGAAAGAUAACAAAACUCAUUUAAUUAAUAUGAAAUCAUUGGACCGCCUUUGCUGUAUCAUAAAACACACGUUCCAUCGCCUAGAAUCCGUAGAAACGGUUUUUACUGACUUAAAGUUUUUUGUCAAAAGUUGAUUUCACAUAUCGCGAGAAACACUUUUGCAAUAAGUAAUAAAUAUCAUCUCUUUAACAUGAUUCGUGUUCAGAAAGAUGCCACGAGGCCAGAACAGGUCGAUUGCUGAACGUGCUUAGAUCGUAAUUCGAGAAAAACCAAUUUAAAUCGAUCAAAAUUUCGGACAAUCGCGAAACCGACUAUCUACUAAAUCAUUUCGCAAGCGCAUGAAAUCGCGAAUGAAAUUGCGAGCACC